AUGAACUCCAUACCCAACGACAACCCCUACGCUGCCCUCAUUAACCAAUCCUUCCAUCCCAUCCCCAAAUUCACCCUCGAAUCUGGCACCGUCCUCACCAACAUCCAGGUCGGAUACAAAACAUGGGGCCGGCUCAACUCACGAGGCGAUAAUGUACUGGUCAUUUGCCAUGCCUUGACUGGCAGCUCGGACGUGGAGGACUGGUGGGGACCAUUACUAGGUCUCGAUAGGGCGUUUGACCCCACACGGUGGUUCAUAUUCUGCGCCAAUGUCAUCGGAAGCCCAUACGGGACCGUCAGCUCAGUGACACGGGAUGAAGCUGGAGCCGUACGAGGACCCGAGAUGCCAGGGAGCAGUGUCAAGGACGACGUCAGACUUCACUAUCAGGUUCUCUUAUCCCUCGGCGUUAAAUCGGUCGCAGCGGUCAUUGGCGGGUCGAUGGGCGGGAUGACCUGUCUCGAAUACCCCCUCAAUACCCCACCCGGCUUUGUUCGGCACAUCAUCCCCAUCGCAACGUCGGCUCGCCACUCGGCGUGGUGUAUAUCCUGGGGAGAGGCUCAGAGACAAUCCAUCUACUCGGACCCCGAAUACAGGGACGGCUAUUACUACGACCUGCCGGGUGGGGUUGAUCUGAGUGCUCAGCCCGGGCGAGGUCUCGCUGCGGCGCGCAUGGCGGCGCUGCUGACGUACCGAUCUCGAGACUCUUUCGAGGCGAGAUUUGGACGGAGGGCGGGUACGCUAGAUAAAGGUGUGCCAAAGGGAGGCGUGAGGGUGAUGGGUGGCAAGGAGACCACAGACCCGAGCGAGCCGAGCACGGCAGAUCUGGCGGCCAAGAACCGCCAGGCUGCUAGCGAGCUGGCGUGGCGGGAGCACAACGAUGGGUAUCGACCCUCGGGAAGUCGAAGGAAUAGCGGGCGGAGCGUCACCGAGCCCAAGGUGUUCUCCGCACAGAGUUAUCUUAGAUAUCAGGGAGACAAGUUCACCGGCCGCUUCGACGCAAACUGCUACAUUCACAUUACACGGAAACUCGACACGCAUGACCUGUCGCAUCCCUCCAUCUUUGUCGACCCGCCAAAUCUAUCCUGCACAUUGCCGGCGGUCCCCUCAGAUGCCGACGGCGCAGACAUAAAGGACCCCAUCCAGCUCGCCUUGUCCCUCCUCCCCCCCGCACUCGUUAUCGGCGUCGAAUCUGACGGGCUAUUCACCACCUCGGAGCAAAAAGAAAUCGCUGCCUUCAUCCCCGAGGCUGAGCUGGUCCUUAUUCCCAGUCCGGACGGGCAUGAUGGGUUCCUGCUAGAGUUUGAAGCGAUCAAUGGGUGGAUCGAGGGCUGGCUGAGAAGAAAGGUGCCCGAGUACUUUAUGGUCAGAGAGAUUAGUGUAGAGGAGUAUGGCAAGGAAGUGGAAGGUUGGGGCGUCAAAAAGGAAAGCGUGUUCGGAGAGGCGGAAGCGGACGUUACACGGUGGUAA